UACAGCCUUUCCGAGCUUCCUUUGCUUUUGAGGACUCUUCUCAUCAACAUGACUCUUGAGGAAGUUCUGAGCCAGAAAUCCGGCGAACGAGCCGAGUGCACCAGCCAAGCACUGGAAGAGGUGCUUGUGGCCGCCAUGGGCAACGACUCGCUCACCGUGGGAGUCUACGAGUGCGCAAAAGUUAUGAACCUUGAUCCAGACAGUGUGUCUUUCUGCGUGCUGGCCGUAGACGAGAAUUUCGAGUGGGAUGUGGCUCUGCAGAUCCACUUCACGCUUAUCCAGUCCUUCUGCUUCGACAACGACAUCAGUAUCGUCAGAGUGAGCGACAUGCAGCGUCUGGCUGAGAUUGUCGCUGACAAGUCGGAGCAUCUGGAAGAUGCCCACUGUGUCCUCAUCACGAACCCAACUGACGGGUCUUGGGAGGACCCUUCCCUGGAGAAGCUGCACCAUUUCUGCGAGGAGAGACGGCUUCUGAAUGACUGGGUUCCCGAGAUCAGCCUACCCGCGCGCUGAUGGGGGAUCUCGGUGAACCUUCUCAUGUUGGAAACCCUCAUCCUGACGGACAGGGUGAGGCUGUCUCUGCUCAUCCUUGGAUACUCCCGAGGAGGAUUCCCAAUCCGGGCAGCACCGCGUGCACAGCACGGCACCACAGGGGCCCCCAUGGAACCGUCGCCUCUUGGCCCGGCCCAUGCCAAGAUGACUUUCAUUCUUUAUGUGAAUGAGGUCAGGUAUGCCUUAAGAGCGACGCAUCAUCGACCCUCAUUCUUUGUGCGGAUGAGGUUUGGAGAGGAAGGAGAAGCGACGUGCGUGAGCUGCGCUCUCAUGGCUCGUGCACAUGUUGCUCGUUGAAGCAUGCGCAGCAGGAGAAGAAGCGGUGCUAAGGAAGAGGACUUCUGAAGAAGAGACUUUGGACAGAGGACCUCUUGGCUGAGUGACGUCACAACACUUGACCUCAGCGAAAAUCUUUCCCACUUUCCAGAAGUGUCUUAAUUCUCUAAAGGUUUCACUUUAGAAGUUUAACAACGACAACAAAAGAAAAGAUAAAUAUUCAUUUUUAAACAAACAUGCCUGUUCUCUAAAGGUUUCACUUUGGA